AUGCUCACCGUGCGGGAGGAGGAGGAGGAGGAGGACGAGACAAUUGAGAGCAGCAGGCGCAGGAGCAGCAGUAGCAGCUGCAACAACAACAGCUACGACAUGAAUCAAUUCCUGCAGCUUCGCAUUGCAUCCGAGGUGCGAGCGCGCCGUGGCACUGAAAAUGUCAGCCGCGAGAUGCCGGUGGAGGAGGACACCCGACAUGCAGACUCAAGGCUUAGCCACGAGCACCGGGAGCAGAUCGACAAUCGCCUGCGAGGCCGCCGCUGUGAAGUCAAUGGCGAGCAGCCGACCGCAGGCGCCUGGAUGGCGCCCAGUGCGCGGCAGUGGCUGCAAGCCGCAUCUCUGGGUCAGGAUUUGAUGUCCGACCACGACUCGCCAACUUCCAAGGCGAGCCUCAGUCGAACCGUUUGGCGCUCCAUGGGUCAGUGGCGCUUGUCGGCUGAAGAGCCGAGGAUUUUCCUUGAGUGCCGUGCACCAAGCAAGUGUUUGGGCAAAAGCGAUGCCAAGUGGGCGCAUCUCGGCUAUGAAGGCAUGCUGCUGGAGACUGCUCGUGCCAUCCACCGCUUUGAGCAUGCGUAG